AUGCGCUCGUCCUAUGACCCCGGAAACAUGCACUUCCCCAACCCCUAUGAAGGGCGCGCGCCGCCGCCGGGGAGACUAGACUUGUCCUCGACCUCGCAGCACCGGCCACUCUCGCAUCGCGCCUCGAGCGAACCCACGGGCCACGAGUUAUACCCCCCGCAGAUCAGCCCCCACGCGAUGGCGCAGCCACGAUCCAUCCAUUCACCAGACUUGUUCUUCACACGAACGCCCACCUACGCCGCGCAGCACGUCCACCGCGCGCGAUCGUACACCCCAACGCACCAGCACGCACAGCCACUCCCACCGCGCUCAUACUCUCACGACCAGGACGAAUACCACGAGCGUCCGCCUCCCGUCCCCCCUCACUAUGGCGCGCCCGUCAGAUCCGCCCCGCCCCCGCCGCCUCCCCCUCCCAAGCCGACGGCGCCGUACCAGCAGUCCCCGUACUUCCCUUCCAUCUCCCCAACGCAAUCAUCACCACGAUCGCCACAUCCCAUUGCACCCUCUGCUCCUCUAGCGCCAGUAUCCGAGGAUUCCCCAGAAUCCCCCACGGAUCAGGACGAGCUCCGCCAAGUCAUCGAACUUUCGCAGCAGGAGUCAGCGCGACGGCGACAGUACCUCAAUGAGCUCUCGCAGCAGGAAGAGGAUGAGCUCGCACGAGCGCUGGAGGCUUCCAAGCUGCAGUCGAACAAUCGCAACAGCUCUGCUCGGGAUCACGUAGGCGUCACCGACUCAGCUGCUGCGCUCGGGCCUUCUUCAGCAGUUUCUGGUCCGAGCCGCCCGACGAUUACGACGACAGAG